UUCCCCCCUCCGCUCCCCCCGUUCCCAUCCGGUGGGCGACGGCGUCACCGUGCGGCGGCUCCGGGCAGCGCCCGCGCCCCCCGACACCGGGAGAGCGCUGCGCUCCCGCUUCCCGGCAGCGUCGCAUCGCCGCCUCCCGGCGCUGCCCGGUGUCCCGGCAUCCUCACAUCCUAUCCCGGCAUCCUCACAUCCCAUCCCGGCAUCCCUGCAUCCUCCCAGCCCGGCAUCGUGGCAGCUGCAUCCGUGUUGGCCGGCAUUCUCCCGUCCCUGCUCUCUCCAUUCCUGAAUCCUCCCAUCCCUGCAUCCCUCCGUCCUUCCGUCCCUGCAUCCCUCCAUUCCCGAAUCCUCCCAUCCCUGCAUCCCUCAAUUUCCGAGUUCUCCCAUCCCUGAAUCCUCCCAUCCCUGCAUCCCUCAAUUUCUGAGUUCUCCCAUCCCUGCAUCCUCCCAUCCCUGCAUCCCUCAAUUUCUGAGUUCUCCCAUCUCUGCUCCCUCCAUCCUCCCGUUCCUGCAUCCUCCCACCCCUGCUCCCUCCAUCCCCGCAUCCUUUCUCCCUCCAUCUUCCCCUCCCCGCACCCUCCCAGCCCCCUGAAGCCCCCCAGAAGAUCUGAGCCGUGACGCCCCGGUUUGGCGAGCACCGGGAGGGCCCUCGGGCAGGCUCAGCCCCGGAGCCGCGGGCUCGGGACCCCCCGUGCCCACCGACCCUCGGCACGGCCGCCCCGCGGCGGGGAUGAGGCGGCGCCGCAGGUAAUGCAGCUGCAGGCAGCUGGCAGCCCCCAGCCCACCAUGCCGACGUCCAAGAGCGAGGGCGAGAGCGAGUUCUGGAUCGAUGGAUCCCACCGGGAGGCGGCUCUGGAAGAUUUCUACGUCGUGGGGCCCGAGCUGGGACGGGGAGCCACCUCGGUGGUGUUCAGCUGCCAGGAGAAGGGCACGGGAGCUCCCUACGCUGCCAAGAUCCUGAAGAAAACGAUUGACAAGAAGAUCGUGAGGACGGAGAUCGGGGUCCUGCUGCGCCUCUCGCACCCCAACAUCAUCAAGCUGAAGGAGAUUUUCGAGACGCCCUCGGAGAUCGCGCUGGUGCUGGAGCUGGUGACGGGGGGAGAACUCUUUGACAGGAUCGUGGAGAGGGGGUUCUACAGCGAGAGGGACGCGGCGCACGUGGUCAAGCAGAUCCUGGAGGCUGUUUCGUAUUUGCACGAGAAUGGGGUCGUGCACCGGGACCUGAAGCCGGAGAAUCUGCUCUAUGCUGACCUGUCCCCCGAUGCACCCCUCAAAAUCGGUGACUUUGGGCUCUCCAAGAUCGUGGAUGAACAGGACACCAUGAAAACCGUGUGUGGGACACCGGGGUACUGCGCCCCCGAAAUCCUGCACGGGUGUCCCUAUGGACCAGAGGUGGACAUGUGGAGCGUGGGGGUCAUCACCUACAUCCUGCUCUGUGGCUUCGAGCCCUUCUUUGACCCGCGGGGGGAUCAGUACAUGUACGGCCGCAUCCUCACCUGCGACUACGAGUUCGUGUCCCCCUGGUGGGACGAGGUGUCCCCAAACGCCAAGGACUUGGUGAGGAAAUUGAUUGUUUUGGAUCCCCAGAAGAGGCUGACGGUUCACCAGGCCCUGCAGCACCCCUGGGUCACUGGGAAAGCAGCAAAAUUCGCUCACAUGGACAGCACACAGAGGAAACUGCAGGAAUUCAACGCCAGGAGGAAACUGAAGGCUGCCAUGAAGGCCGUGGUGGCCUCCAGCCGCUUGGGCAACCACGGCCACCACGACUGCUCCCGCAGCGGCCGCGGCCAGGGGGGACCCCGGGGCCUGGCCCAGCCCACGGGGAACGGCGGCCCCGGGGCCGGCACAGAGCUCAGAACGUUCCAGAGUGACCACCCCAAUGUGGGCCCGGUGGCCACGUUCCAGAGUGACCACCCUGCCAUGUUCCAGAGUGACCACCCCAAUGGGGCCCCAGUGGCUACAUUCCAGAGUGACCACCCUGCGAAGGGCCCGGUGGCCACGUUCCAGAGUGACCACCCCACCAAAGGCCUGGUGGCCAUGGCCCAGAGUGACCACUCCACCGUGGUGCAGAGUGACCACCCUGCCACGUUCCAGAGCGACCACCCCACCGUGGCCUCCAUGGCCACGUUCCAGAGUGACCACCCUGCCAAGGACCUGGUGGCAACGUUUCAGAGUGACCACCCCAAUGUGGGCCCGGUGGCUGCAUUCCAGAGUGACCAUCCCACCACAUUCCAGAGUGACCACACUGCCGAGGGCCCGGUGGCCACGUUCCAGAGUGACCAUCCUGCCACAUUCCAGAGUGACCACCCCGCUGAGGGCCUGGUGGCCACAUUCCAGAGCAACCACUCCACCAUGGGCCCAAUGCCCGUGUGCCAGAGUGACCAACCCACCGUGGGCCCGGUGGCCACGUUCCAGUGACAAUCCCGCCACAUUCCAGAGUGACCACCCCCCCCAAAGGCCUGGUGGCCGCGUUCCAGAGUGACCACCCCGAUGUGGGCCCAGUGGCUGUGCCAGGGCCUGCCUGUGACAGUUAAUGGCCCUGCAGGUGACACCACCGAGCCUUGGCCACUGCUCUGGGCCAUCCUCGUGUCCUGUCCUGGGACAUCCUCAUGUCCUGUCCUGCCAGCCCCCUCGCUGUCCCUGUGUCUGUCCCCACCAUCUGAGGGGACACUGCAGUGACUUUUCUUCCCACUCUGCAGCAGUGGUUUGGGAAGAUCCCAAAAAUCGAGGCACAACCAGGAUUCCUCCCACCUUUCCCUGCAAAGGCAGCGAGUUGUCCUUAAGGGAUUCCUGUAAAUAAUCCUGAAAAUUGGUUUUUUUUUUUAUUUUUCUGCUGUAGUUGUGACACAUCCAGUGCUGUCACCAGCCCAGCUGUGGGGCAGCUGCUGUUUUAGGAGGGGUUUUAGGAGCUCCAAAUAUUCAAUCCUCUCUGGAGAACAGCCCGUGCCAGUGCUCCCCUUGUCAUUCCCCAGCCCCGGGUUGUGUUUUUUGGGUGUGUUCCCCACCUUCAGCCUUGCUGUGGAUCCCUGCUGGUGGUGGUGGGGUCUGGGAAUGCUGGUCCAGCCUCCCCUUGGUGUUCUAGGGCAGAAUUGACACCAUUUUAACACAGGAAUUUGAAUAUUGUGAGAUUUUGCCACAUAACUGCUGUUCCCUGAGGGAGGCCGGUGCAUUUAUACUUUUUAAUUUUUAUUUUUUAAUGAAAACAGCAGACGAACUUCUUGAAAAUGAAUUUUUUUUUUUAAAGGCAGGAUAAAGAAUAACCAAACCAUUUACAAAUUUUGAUACAGAGCAAGUCAGCAAAAGCCAUAUUCCAUGUGGGAAUUGCAGGUUGAGCCCCAAGGCAGCAACCAUCACCUGCACCCCCACAUUUUGGGCUUAGAAUGCUGUGUUCAGGGUAAAAAUCCCACCAAAUUUAUACAGGAGGUUCACUCCCCCAGGAUGGGGGUGCAGAAUUGAGCAGCUGGGGUGGGGAGGGCAAAAAAAACCCCAAAAUUGGAUGUUUUGCCAAAGGUCUUGCAGCAGUGACGGACAUGAGGGUGACAGAGCAGGGGGAGGAAAAUUGGAUUUGGGGUUUUUCUCCAGCACAAACAGAAAUCAAAAUAGCUCAGAGUGAGGAUCCAUCCUGGAGCUCAGGGGGGUUUGGGGAGCCAAAGACAGCGGAGAAAUGGGGUGUCCUAGAGGGGUUUUGGCCAGAGCUGCACUUUUUGAACUUGAGCUGCUCUUUUUUGGGGAGCAGCUGCCCAGAGAGGUGUCCCAGGAUGAAAUGAAGCCUCUGAUCCCGUGGGACUCUGCAGCACAGGGAAUUUCCCCCCCUUUUUUUUUGCAUUUUUCCCUCUCCUUUUCCUAACCCUGAGGGCUGAGCCUUGCAAGGUGCUCAGCUCCAGCUCUGUGUUGUGUCUCUGUGGGACCUGAACUCUGCCUUGUUGUCCCUCAAGCCAGGUUUUAAAGACUAUUUUCUAUCCUUUGACAUGAAAUGCUGAUUAAUGACCAGGCUGGCACCCCCAGAGCCUGCAGAGCAGGGAGAGGCUGAGAAACAGCUGCAGAAUUCCCAAUAAAAUGGGAAUUACAGUUGAGAAAUCAAUUACACAAACUAUCUCCAGCAGUGGGAUGAAGAAGGGAACUGCAAAGCAAACCAGAACUGGAGUUUAUUUAUUAUUAUUGUUAUUCCACAGGUAUUUAGAGAUGGGGAAAAUGCACUCCUGGUGGGGAUUGUUUCCUGGUGGGGAGGUGAUUUUUGGUCUGUUUGCAGAGUGUGUUUGAGUGAGUGCUGCAGUGUGGUGGUGACCAAGUAGAGACAGUGAAUAAAGCAUCCAACCUCUGA